CUGGGGUAGUGCUGCAGCCAAGAAGUGGAACAACUGAAAGUAAUUAGGAUAUCUGAGAAUGAUCUGAGCUACAGUGGGAGAACAAAAUUAAGAGAACUGGGAGGAUUGACAAGAGAACCGCUUAAGAGUCACGCAAACAGAUGGCUGGGAAUGAGAAGAGCUCAAGAGUCCCACCACCACCCAGGACCAGCUCCUCUUGUCCCUGGAUCUUCUGAUUGGCCCCAGAAGGUGACAGUACCGAUGACAAUGCUAUCAAGCUGGUGGUGGCCAAAUACCCAGGGAAACCUAGGGCUGGGGCCCCGGAGCCCUUCUCAGGGAUCCCAGCUCCGUGCCCUGUAUGCCUUCACUUACACUGGGGCAGAUGGCCGGCAGGUGUCUCUGGCUGAAGGGGACAGGUUCCUACUGCUUCAAAAGACCAACUCAGACUGGUGGUUGGUAAGGCGCCUGGGAGCACCCUCCACCUCUCGUCCCAUCUUCAUCCCAGCUGCCUACAUGACAGAGGAAUUCAGCCCUUCCCAGAGCCCAACAACCAUCACCCCCCAGCCAAUCCUUCUGUUUCCAGGGCCAAAGUUAUUUCCUGGCUCCCUGGAGGAGACGCACCUGAGUCAGGAAACUCCAGGCAGAGCCCAGGCUACAUCUGAGCAGCCUCCUCCUCUUCCCCCUAAAAUGUGUAGAAGUAUCAGUGUUACCAACUUGAGGCCCAGCCUCCUGAAGAACUUCCAGGAAGGACCAAGUAGAAGAUCCCUUUCCCAGGAAGACUUGCUGACAGAGGCGGAUGUGAACAUGGCAAGACCCCAGACCUUCAUGUCAGAGCCCCCUGUGUACUGCAACCUGGUGGACCUUCGCCGCUGUCCCCGGUCCCCACCCACAAGCCCUGCAUGUCCCCCGCUGCAGAGGCUGGACGCCUGGGAGCAGCACUUGGACCCCAACUCUGGACGCUGCUUCUACAUAAAUUCGCUGACUGGCUGCAAAUCCUGGAAGCCUCCACGCCACACUCGCACCCGAGAGAUGAACCCUGGCUCCAUGGAGGGGCCACAGACCAUGAAUAGGGACAACGGUGUCCUGCAACCUCAGGCAAAGGACUCAGAAUCUGGCACAGGGACGCCAGGACCUUUCGACUCCCAGGGUUCACCCUCCCUCUGCAGACGCGCCUCCCAGCUUGACCCCUCAGACCAGCCUUCAGCUCUGCAGUCCCCUCGGUCCCUGCCGCAGGUCCUGGACGACCCCCAUGAGGUGGAAAGGUCGGGCAUGCUCAAUAUGACCAAGAUCGCCCAGGGCGGCCGCAAGCUCCGGAAGAACUGGGGCCCAUCUUGGGUGGUACUAGCGGGUAACAGCCUGGUGUUCUACCGAGAGCCACCGCCGACCGCCCCCUGCACCGUCUGGGGACCAGCGGGUAGCCGACCCGAAAGCAGCGUGGACCUGCGCGGGGCCGCCCUGGCCCACGGCCGCCAGCUGUCCAGCCGCCGCAACGUCCUACACAUCCGCACGGUCCCUGGCCAUGAGUUCCUGCUGCAGUCAGACCACGAGGCCGAGCUACGCGCCUGGCACCGCGCACUGCGGGCCGUCAUCGAGCGCCUGGAUCGAGAGAACCCCCUGGAGCUGCGUCUGUCUGGUUCGGGACCUGCGGAGCUGGGGGAACUGAGCGCGGGGGAGGACGAAGAAGAGGAGUCCGAGCCGGUGUCCAAGCCACUGCUGCGGAUCAGCGGCCGCUGGAGCUCCAGUCGGUGUCCGGAAGGAGCUGAGCAGAACCGGGUACGAAACAAACUAAAGCGGCUUAUCGCAAAGAGACCGCCCUUGCAAACCCUGCAGGAGCGGGGUCUGCUCCGAGACCAGGUGUUCGGCUGCCAGUUGGAAUCACUGUGCCAGCGGGAAGGGGACACCGUGCCCAGCUUUGUGCGGCUCUGCGUUGCUGCUGUGGAUAAGAGAGGUCUAAAUGUGGAUGGCAUUUACCGGGUGAGCGGGAACUUGGCAGUGGUCCAGAAACUUCGCUUCUUGGUGGACAGAGAGCGGGCAAUCACCUCCGAUGGGAGGUACGUGUUCCCAGAACAGCCAGGACAAGAAGGCCGAUUAGAUUUGGACAGUGCUGAGUGGGACGACAUUCAUGUGAUCACUGGAGCCCUGAAGCUUUUUCUCAGGGAGCUACCUCAGCCUCUGGUGCCUCCACUGCUGCUGCCCCAUUUUCGUGCUGCCCUUGCACUCUCUGAAUCAGAACAGCGCCUCUCUCAACUACAAGAAUUAAUAAGCUCAAUGCCGAAGCCCAACCAUGACACUCUACAGUACCUCCUGGAGCAUUUAUGCAGGGUGAUAGCACACUCAGACAAGAACCGCAUGACCUCCCACAACCUGGGAAUUGUGUUUGGACCAACCCUGUUUCGACCGGAGCAGGAGACAUCUGACCCAGCGGCCCAUGCCCUCUACCCUGGGCAGCUCGUCCAGCUGAUGCUCACCGACUUCACCAGCCUCUUCCGCUGACUGGGGCAAGGAAGAAGAGAAAAGUUGUUUCCGGUGAUCUCUUUUGGAUAGCCUUUGGUGGGGGUUGUUCUGCUUUGAGGAUAUCCCUUUAAAUCCUGUGUCUCCCAGAUGACUGUCUCCAUCUUUGUGAGUCUGACCUGAGGGGUUGG